AUGCUCUUUGCCCAAGAUGCGGUUCAACUCCAGAACCCACUUCUUGAAACCGGGUUCACUGCUAGUGAAAUUCAAGAACUCUUAUCCAUAUCUGACUUGCCCACCCCUAGCCCAAACUCUGGUUUGGAGGUGUCGAAUUCCAACUCAAACUCGAACUCAAACCGGGUGAUAUACUCAGUGGAUGAGAGAAAGCGAAGGCGCAUGAUAUCAAACCGGGAGUCAGCCCGACGGUCCCGCUGGAGAAAGAAGAAGCACUUAGAGAACCUUACGGUACAAGUGAACCAGUUAGAAAUACAGAACCGGGAACUGAAGAAGCGGUUGGGUUCAGUUCUAGGGCAGUGCCACGUAUUAUGGAGGGAGAAUGACCGCUUAACAACAGAAUAUUUAGGUCUCCAAGCCAGACAUUCAGAUCUUUGCCAAGCUUUAGUGGUCAUGCACGACAUGUAA